GUACAUGGGCAGACACAGAAAGGGAGAAAGCUGGUGCAUGAGAAAAGAUAAAACAGAUUAAGGCUAUAGCCACCGAAGGAAGUAGAGGGUUUCAAAUGCUGCAACUGUAGUGGUGUCUAGGUUUUGAGUUAGUGUCUGGUCUUCCUCAACAAUUCAUGGGAAGAGUAGGCCACUAAGAUGGGGACUUACAAAAGCCAGUCUGAUUGUCUGCUGAUGCCAGCCAAUAUAAUUUGUCUUAGAGAAGAGAAGUUUGUCUUUCUUUAUGCUCUCUAUAGGACUUAAGUACCUCCCUCUGGACUGCAGAGAGGUACUUUGCUGCACUCUGGCUUCACAGCUGUGAAUAAUCUUUUGAAGGCUAAGUUUCCUGAGUGAUCCUGUUUAAACAAGCCAGAGGACUGCAGACAGGUCUGGAAACCUGUUUAGUUUUGUUGGAAGUCUUUUCAGCCACAAACAGAAACAAAGUCUUUUGGGUUCAACCAGAACAGAAGAGUAAAGCAUUUAAUAUGGCAUAUUGUACGAUUGCUCCAGUCGUGAAAAUGCUGAAUCUCAUCUGGUAUAAGAUGUUGAUUUCUGUUAGCCUGGCAAGUGGAGAACCAACAGGUACUGCUCCUCUUAUGGCACCCAGUGACCUGAGAGUUUCAAAACACUGGCCUGGAGUAAUUCUAUCCUGGAACAGCAAUGUGAGGGAAGAAAUGGAGAUGAAUGAUGUGAAAUAUGUUUUGACUUAUACAUUUCUCAAUUCAACUAAAGAAGUGAAAGAAAGAUGUUCAGAAACGGAAAAGAAGAUAAGUCUCAAUUUAUAUCCUGGCUUUGUUGCUAAAGUUAAAACACAGCUUCUCUUGAGUGGAACAAGGAAUGUUAUUAUGGAGAGUAACUGGACUGAGUUUAUUUACACAACUCCUGUGUAUAUUCAAAAUCUCUCAUGUGUCAUAUACAACAUUUCUAAUUUAAAUUGUACGUGGGAUAUUAAAACAGAAGCUCCUGAAGAUGUUCAGUAUUUUCUUUCCUAUAGGCACAAUAAAAGAGAUUAUGAAUGCCAGCUACAUUAUAAAAAUAUAAACAAGAAAAACACUGGUUGCCACUUCAAAGAAGUAUAUUUUAUACCUCCAAGCAAAAUCAAAUUAAAUAUAUCUGUAAAGGAUUUAAGAAAUAAUUUAGGAACACAUACCUAUUACAAAGCCUUUAUCCCUCAGAGAAUAGAAAAACUGAACCCUCCAAAUAAUGUGUCUAUUGCCCUUGAAAAUGGAAGCAUUCGUAUUUCCUGGAAACAUCCACCUAAUAUUGGUUCCUCAAAGAGGUCCUGCUUUAUAUACCAGGUGAAAAUUAAAGAUCUAAAGCCCACAGAAACCAGGGAAGAAGAAUAUGUGUAUCCAGUUCAUAAUCCAAUGAAAGCAUACUCUGUUCAAGUCAGAGCAAAGAAAAAGAUUUGUAUAACAAACAAACUUUGGAGUGACUGGAGUGAACCAGUUUUCAUCAAUGAUGAUAAUACAAUGGAAACCUUGUUACACAUACCAGUUUUGGCCUGUGUUCUUCCUGUGAUUUCCUUUGGAAUAUUUCUGAUUUUUAUCUGUAGAAGGUAUAUAUGCUUCAGUGUUCUCUUCAUGGCUAUUCCAAGCCCUCCAGUCAAAAUCAAAACAUGGCUAGACUCCGAUGAAGCUCACUGGCAGAAAGAGGAUGACCCUGUUCCCAAAAUUCCUGACAUGCAGAUCAUUAGAGAUGUCUGUGUUGUACCUCUGACAGAAAAAUAUUUCAAUCCAAAUGAAAUGGAGAUGCCCUUAAAACUUGAGUUGGCUACUUGGGAGGACAACUGUCACAAGAGCAUUCGUAACAAGGACAAUUUGGUGAAUCUGGAUUCUUGAUUAGACCGAGGAUACUGUCGGAGAGCAAUCCUCUUUUCUGCCCAGCAGUGGCUAUCUUUUCAAGUUUGGACAAGCAUCUCAUCAGGUACUCUGGAAGAACCUGAUCAAGGCUGUACAGAGUGGUCUGCAUCCAGCAAUUUGAAAGAUCUCAAAAGUUUCCACUGCUCAUAUUAUGUAAUUCCUAAGAGGUCAAGAAAUCACAGAUGCCAGAGACUGCUUCAAUUUUUAUUUUACUACUGCUUAUUUUGAGAUUAGAGCUCUUCAUUAAAGUUUCAGCAUCUAAAGGUAUGACCCUAUUAGGCCACAGUAAGCUAAUAAAUGCCACUGUAGGAUAAUACUUGUAAACACAAGACCUAACCUAUGGGGUAUUAUUUAGUGCUCUGCAGCGCACAAGUAGGUGCUGAUGGGGCUGGCUGGGGCAUGAGGGUGCUUCAGUGCAGGGACUGCCUGUUGACUAGCCCCACAAUGAAGUACCCUCAUAGCCCAGCUAGCCCUUCUGCAGCAUGUUGAGCCAGGUCAGAGCAGCCCCAGACCGGCAGGCUGACUCCCUGGGCCCCCUGUCAGCCAGGGCUGCUGUGACCUGGCUCAACGUGCUGCGAUCCCAGGCACACAUGUCAACGCGGUGCCUGGGGGCAAUGAACUCUGGCACAAACUGUGCUGGAGUUUCUUCAGUCAAAUUAAUUGCACAUGUAGAUGCACCCAGGAGAUGGUGUUUGGAGGUCCAAAUUAAGCUAGGUUUGGGGAUUAGAGGUCAAGGUUCAAUCAAGGAUAGGAUUUGUAACAUUGCAAUAUGUGAUCAUGGCCAAAAGAUCAAGACCUCAGAAAAUCAGCUAUUCAUUCAAGACCAGUGGAUAAUUUCAUUAUCUGUCUGACACGUGGGCAUGCUGAACCAUGAGAGACCACAAAUAAACUAUUCUUGGAGGUAACAGCUCCUAAAGGCUUUGCAGAGCUUUGAGGAAUGUAUAAUAUGGCAAUGUAUUGUUUACAGGCAAACAACAUUCUUGUGUAGACUUAUAAAAUUAUUUACUGGAGCGAAGAUAUAUAUUUCUUGGACAUCAAUAAGCAAGGAGUUCUACUUAUAUAACUUUUCAAAAGGAUUACAAACAGUGAGCUAGUAAAAGGAGAUAGAUGAGGUGUAAAUACUAAAAUAUAAUCUAUGUAUAAAAUAUCCUCCUUUUUCUUCCUGCCUAAAACAAAGUGGAAGGCCUACAUUGUCCAACUAAAUCUGUUUAUUUUUAGUUGUCUUUUAGAAUUUUUUUUAUCUCUGUUUCCAUGCACCAUUCAACAUGAGAGAUUUUUGGGUAGACAUCUUGAACUAGCUUUUGAGCAGCAUAGGCUCUCACAGGUGACAGCCUACUUCAUCAUAUGCUAUGAAUCUUCAUAGAAUAUAAUUCAUAGCUCUGAAUCUUCAUCUGACGCAGUAGGCUGUCAUAGAAUCAGGGUUGGAAAGGACCUUGUAGAUCUUCAAGUCCGACCCCCUGCCUGGGCAGAAGGAAACUGGGCUCAAAUGACCCCAGCCAGGUAGGCAUCAAGCCUCUUCUUAAAGACCCCCAGGGUAGGAGCCAGCACCACUUCCCUUGGAAGUCGGUUCCAGAUCCUAGCCACCUUAACUGUGAAGUAGUUCCUAUGGAUGUCUAAUCUAAACCUACUCUCCAACAACUUGUGGCCGUUAUUCCUUGUUAUCCCUGGGGGCGCUAGGGGAAACAAGGUCUCCCCUAAACCCUUCUGUUCCCCGCUAGUGAGUUUACAGAUGGUCACCAGGUCCCCCCUCAGCCUUCUCUUGUGAAGGCUGAACAGGUUCAGGUCCUGUAGCCUGUCACUGUAGGGUCUGCCCUGCUGUCCCCGGAUCAUGCGGGUGGCCCUCCUCUGCACCCUCUCAAUGUUUUCCACAUCCCUCUUGAAGUGGGGUGCCCAGAACUGGACAUAGUACUCCAUCUGUGGCCUAACCAGUGUCAUGUAGAGGGGGAGGAUCACCUCCUUGGCCCUACUUGAGAUGCACCUGUAGAUACACGAUAGGGUCCGGUUGGCCCUGCCAACCGUGACCUCGUAUUGUCGGCCCAUGUUCAUCUUGGAGUCAAUAAUGACUCCAAGAUCCCUUUCAGCCUCCAUGCUCUCAAGAAGGGAGUUUCCCAUCUUAUAAGUGUGCUGCUGGUUACUACUGCCCAAAUGCAGCACCAUAUGAAAGCUAUGUUUAUGAAAGCUUAUGUCUCUAUGAACCAGUUACUCUAUAAGGUGCCACCCUGCCUUGCUUUCAGACUGACGUGGUAAACCAUUGCUCUGAACUGGCUUUCUGAACCCUUGGGAAACUGCCAAGGAAAAACAAAGCACCUUGAAUUUGCAAGGAAGAUAUGCAUGGGAAACUGCUUGUUUGAAUAAUCAAGUGGAAGAGAAAUAAGCAAAUAGAUAUUUUUAGUAUGCUAGUCAAACUUGCUGACUAGUCAACAAACCAAAAUCCAUUUGAUAUUGAUUUUGGAUUUUUGUGGCAAAUUUCCCCACAAAAAUUGUUUUGGGUAGAACAAAUGUUUCAUAAUUAAUAAAAAGAUUUAAUUUGUUCAAACUUUAAGGUUUUUUCUUCCUUUUUUUUUUUUAAAAAGGGUUUAAGUUAAUUUCAGAAUUAAACAUUAGUUCAAAAUUAAAAUGAAAAAUUGAAUCCUGGGUUCUAGCUUAGUUCCCUGCUCCCAGUGGGACAAGAACUCUGCCACUGUUCUUCAUGCAUCAUGUUAGUGGGCAUCAGACAUAAAAAAUGCCUUCAAUGCUAUAAAGCCCAGUAAUAAUUUGUCAGGUUAGCUCUUUCCCCAGUUCAGCAGCUGCAAAAUUCACUGUUAAAGCCUACCUUAAUUUUCUUGUGAAUCAGGGUCCUGGAAAUAUGCACACACUCUGAAGAGCAGUGGCCUUGAGAUACAAUAUGUCACAAUGAAAGUUCACAAAGCCUUGCAUCUACAUCCUUUUGCUCCAAUGUUACAACUGCCUGAAAAUCAGAAUGCCUUAAGCCUCACUGAUAAAGCAAUCCUCCAAAUGCAAGCAUGUACAGAUCUGAAGUACUGUGUCUGUAACUGUGAACAGUGAUCUACUGCUGCCACCUACUGCAGACAUAAUUUGCUGUAAAUAAGAGGUAGCUCAUAAAGCUUAUGCCUCCCUGAAUUAGUCUAUAAGGUGCAACCCUACUUUGCCUUCUUUGCUGUAAAAGAUACAGCACGUCUUAAAAGCUUUCACAUUGGUUAAAUUUAAGGUUAGUCCACACACAAAAGUUUUGUUUUAACUGAACUUCUCUAUUUGCAUAGUUAAAAGGGGGACUCCAUUUCUCUUCCCUCUCAGUGCUUUAAUAACAUAGCUAUACCAGGCUAUUUUAAGCAAAGCAUGCUUGAAUAGAUGAAGCUUACAAAAGUGAAAGUUUGCUGCCAUUUUCAGUAUGGCUAGGUACAGAAACUCAAAAAGCCCAAGGCGGAAUUGAGCUAAGUGAUGCAGUUUUCUGUAAGAGGUAUUGUUUAGAUCAGUAGCAAACAGAAUACAUAUUUGUCCUUUGGUCGG